AUGUUAACGAAAUGUCAGGGCUAUCUGACCCCUCCGGCACAAAAUGCUCCAGGCGUACAGAACCCAGCUCAGAAUCUCAGUUCUAUCGCAUCGUACAGCAUUCCCUUCAAGGUGCCAGGAAGCCAAGCCGAUCGGCAGCUCUUACAUUAUUACUGCUGUCAAGCAGCAUGGAACCUCUCCAGCUACGCCGACCCAAUCUUGUGGACCGAGCUGAUCCUCCAGCGAAGUCAAGACCAACCCGUCAUCCGAAAUGGCCUUGUGGUUCUGAGCUCCCUACACAAGGACUUUGUUUGUGGGUCGUUCACGAACAAGCCGAGUCUACACGUUGAGACCAUGACUAUGGUCAGCAAAUGCUACGUACAACUGAAGAAUUACCUCGCGAGGUCUGAUGCACAGCCAGAUGUAGCAUUGGUCUGCAGCGUCAUAUUCUAUUCUUUGGAGUCACUCCUUGGCGAUACUCAGCAGGCGAUAUCACACCUCGACAGCGGCUUAAAACUGCUGAAGCGAACCCAACACGAAGGGAAAUGGGCCGACGAACAGUUGAUCGUACAUCUGACACAUCUCUUGGAGUGUCUGGACAUCCAAGCGAGUUCCUAUGAUGACCUCAGACUUCCGGUGCUGGAACUGGUUUCUCCCGAAGACACUCAAGGAGUGUUGUCGGUUGUUCCUGAUUCGUUCCAGAAUCUCGACCAUGCUGAAGGCGUUCUGGUGAAACUUCAGAACUGGACCCUCCGCCAAUUGAUUAGCCAGGUCCAACACAAAGGCAAGUUAUCAAGUGAAAUUCCUCAGGGUUUGUGGCGCGAAAGAGUUGUACUGCGCCAGCAGUAUGAAAAGUACCGGCAGUCACUGAGCGGCCUAGUUAACAACACGGGGAGUUCUGCCUCCAAUGUCUCGCAGAGUGCCACCAAGGACGGCAGACAACAGCUCCAGCACCAACAGCUCUUGCUCUUGCAGAUAAGCUUCCACACCUUCUACAGUCUCAUCGAUGAAAAUGUUCCAAUUGCCGGUGAUGCUGUGAGCGAUCCUCUUAACGACGAAGACACACUCGGGACAGUACUGUCGAAAGUAGUGGAGCUUCUCUCCCUGGCAACUCACUCAGCAUCACGUUCCGCCAGCACUUUCUUCCCGUUAGCCUCGCCUUCGCAACGCACCUAUACAUUAUCCACGUUCCUCAUCGGGACAUUAUACUUUGUGUGCCUAAAGACCACCCACCCGGAAAUAUUAGCCACGGCUUACCGACUGUUCUCCAAUCCUCUCCUCAAGGACUCGCGUGAUGGUCUCUGGGAUUCCCGCCUUGCGGAGAUGGUGGUCAAGAACGUGAUGAAGAUUCGUGAUCGAGGCAUGGGUAUGGAUGUACCUGAUAAUAUCGUGGCAGAGAACCCGACAACAUCGACUUUCAACAGUGAGGAUAUCAGCUUGGAGGAAGGGACCGACUAUCUCACCACCGACUUGUCCAUGAUGACUCCCAACGAAUCGGAUCUGUUCGCUGACGCAGCUGCAUUCCUCAUUACAGACGACUCUUUCCUGCUCCCAGCCGACCCUGUGGCGCCGGGCACAUCUUUGUCCGUCUCGGGCGCCAACUCGUCGUGUCCGUCAGAAGACUCGUUCUCGACAUACAACACCAGCGAUAGGAGUCUCCCAUACGCGAACCCGCUGCGAAUCGAGAACUCGACCCAGAAUUUAGGCCGUGAUUCGUAUAUAAACAACAAUCCAGAGAGUCAUCCGAGAACUGAGCAGGACCAAAUAUACCCAGUGGGAGACGAGCCAACAGUCCCGAGUGUCCGCCACUACGUGCAGAUUCGGCCGAAAACUCUGCCUAGGGUACCACUGCAGAGUAAGGAUGUCAUGCACCACCACCAAUUCACGGUACCGAGGGGCAAGUCACCUCGCAGUUCCAGGCUGGAAGACUUCGCGUUGGGUAUUGUGGACGCGGACGGCGGAAUCGAGGAAGCGGCCAAGAGGGUCUCGGCGAUGUUUCUAUGA